AUGGCGGUGGUGCCUGCUGCAGUAGGCACGGACGCUACGCCAGCAGGGGCUCUUCUUCACCUCCCUGCCUCGCACACCGACGCUAGAGAUGAAAAGCUGGAGGAGGCUAAGGCCAAGAAGGAAAAGAAAUCUGCCGCGGCACACAAGCGACAGAAGAGCAAGGGGGGAGGUGGAGGGAGCAACCUCUGCACCACUUCGACUUCAUCUGCCGUGCUGCCCAUUCAAUCCAACACAUCUUCGGCGCCAGCCUUACACGUCUGCCGAAGGGAGAAGCUGGUCGAGGAGCUGCUCUCUUCAGAACGUGCUCACGUUCAUAAUCUGAACGCUUUCCUGCACGACUACGUGAUUCCCCUACGCGACAAGAAGAUUCUCUCCACCGACGAGCUACAGGGCAUCCUGUGCAACCUGGAGCUCAUUCGACGAUGGAACGUCGAGUUCCUCAACCAGCUCGAGAGCGCACUCGAAGACGAGCGUGGCUUUGGCGAGCUCUUUCUUGAAAUGUACAACGAGAACUAUGCCCACGCCAUGGACCACUACGAGAAAUGCAAGAAGAACAAGGAGUUUGCUGCCUUCAUCGAGAGCGUAAGCGUCAAGCAUGUCGUGAAGCCGCUCGCGGGGGAGGAAUUCAACGUUGUCCCCUCUCCUUCCAAGAACUUCCUCAGCUUCCUCUAUUUGCCCAUACAGCGCAUCUUGGCCUACUACUCCCUACUCAAGGUGAAUGCCGCUGUGGAUCACGCGGACAAGCUAGCCAAUCAGCGCAAAAACAUUGACAAGGUCAUUUCUAUACAAAGCCAACUCAUUGGUGACUACAAUACGUCGCUCGCUCAGCCUCAUCGCCGAUUCGUCUAUCAAGGGGAUGUCUUCUCUCUCGUGGGGAAAGCCCAAAAGGAGCGGCGGCUGUUCCUAUUCAACGACGUACUUCUCUGCACUAAGAAGAAACACAAAAACAAUCUCAAGGUCGACUUCCUCGAGCCGUUGGAGAUGCUACGGGUCGAGGAGCCGGAGGAACUCAGGGAUCGAUAUACGUUUCGUUUGUUCGCCGCGGCGAAGGAGUAUACGCUGUGGUCGGCAGACAAGGCCUACUGGAUGCAGCUCAUCGCAACGUCCAUACAGUCCAUCAAGGCCUCGCGCCCGUCGCUGCCCUUCCUCGCAGAUAUCGAGCAGAGGAGCAGCAAGCCGAGCGAAAGCCACGGGAAGGGAAGCGAAGAGGAGGAAAGAGAAGAAGGCCAGCAGGCAGGACUCGCCUCGGCAUCAUCUUCGUGCUCGGACGAGGAGACGCUUCGAGAGAGGCUCAUUCAGCGCAUCAUCGCGUGGAGCAAGAUGGAAGACGACAGCGCACUGCUCAGCGAAGUCCGCCGAUUCGGGACGCGGCUCGAGAAGACCAACACCAACAGCGCCAAGGGCUCGUGA